CUUUCUUCUAAAAGUUCAUGUUGAUGCCUGCUAAAACAUGCUUGUUGAUGCAUGUUUUCCUCUUUAAGACACCAGAGGAAGUGUGCAUUGUAAAAAAAAAAAAAAAAAAAAGAGAUAUGAGCAUCGCAUCACACGUCUGUGGCAAAACAGGAAAUAACCUCGAUGUUGGAAAGUUCUGCUCAAAGCGAUGAGGACGAUGAAGACGAUGGCCUCGCUGCUGAGCGUCUGUGUGUUUCUGCUCUGCUGCUCCGCCGCCGCCACCGCCUCCCAAGGUUGUGACCAGUUUGUUGCAGUGGGUGGAAACUUCGAUGUUCCUCUGGGAUACCAACUAAAAACUACUGAUAAAAUUCUGAAGUGGAAAUUUGAUGGCAAGAUAAUAGUUUAUAAAAAACCAGAACAAUUUAUUACAGGUAAAAAUGAUAUUAAUGACGAUGGAUCCCUCAAACUUACAAAUCUGAAUAUGGAUCAUGAAGGAUGUUACACCAGUGAGGUUUUUGAUAGGAAUGGAAAAGAACUGGCCUCAAAGAGCACAAGAGUAUGUGUACUAGACCCCGUGAUGAAGCCCACAUUGAAUAUAACCUGUCAGGCCUCAGAGGUCGUCUUUACCUGCAGCCAUAAUCCGCAACCUGAUGAUCGAAAAUAUGACACCAUAAAUUACAAAUGGUUCCAAAAUGACAGUAUGAUAAGCAACAGAACAGAAAUCUCCAUGAAAAGAAAAGUUGCAGAAACUAAAAACCUGCCUGUUUCCUGUGAAGUUGGUAACAAAGUCAGCUCUGCAAGAAGUGACUCUUUGACUCACACCUGCAUCGAACCUGUGAAAAGGCCUGGAAUAAAUGGAACAUGUAAAGAUUCAGAGCUCAUCCUUACCUGCCUUGCAGCUCAGCAGCCUGAUGACGCGCAGUACAAGUGGCUGCGGGACGGUGAAGUCGUCAUCAACGAAACAAAAACCUCCCUGACUAUAAACUCUGCAGAAAGCAAAAACAGAAAUUUCUCAUGUGAAGUUUACAACCAGGCCAGUUCUGAAAAAAGUGACUAUUUUAGUCAUUACUGUGGUGCCUCUACUUUCCUAGACAUCCUAGAGGAGCUCCUUGGAGAUGACAUGUGGUUUUAUAUUGCUGGUGCAGCAGGUCUUUUACUUCUGAUCAUCAUCCUCAUCAUUGUGUGUUGCAUUCGAUGUAAGAAGAAAAGAGGGAAGAACGAUGAGGCGGAGCUUCAGUACCAAGCAGGACAGUCUUCAUCAGCAGCUGUGAAGAAGAUGGCAUCGGACUCUGUGCUGUGUGUGUUUCUGCUCUGCUGCUCUGCCGUCGCCUCCCAAGUUCUCCGGCCAAAUGUGACAAUGAAGGCAACAGCGUCUCUCUCUGUCGUCGCCGUGUGUUUGCUCUGCUGCUCGGCCGUCGCCUCACAAGAUUGUGACCAGUUUGCUGCAGUGGGUGGAAACUUCAUAGUUCCUCUGGGAUACCAAGUAAAACCUCCUGAUACUCUGAGGUGGACGUUAAAUGGCAGCUUAAUAUUUUAUAAAAGAUCAGUGAUGCUAAUUACAGGUAACAAUGAUGAUAUUAAUCAAGAUGGCUCCCUGAAACUGACAAAUCUGCAGAAGGACCAAGCAGGACUCUACUCUGCUGAGGUUUUUGAUCGAAGUGGAAGACCGCAGGCCACCAGGAAAACAAAUCUAUGUGUGCUGGAUCCUGUGAAGAAGCCUGAAGUAAAAGCAACAUGUCAGGAUGGAAAUGUGAUCUUUCAUUGUGUUUCUGGGGAGCAACCUGCUGAUGGCGAGCAUCAGUGGCUGCAGAACGGCGUCGCGAUGAAGGAAAACAGACUGUCGUUUGAAACCAAAGCAGAAGAAACCAAAGGAGCCAAAUUUGUCUGCAGAGUCUCCAACAGAUUGAGUUCUGAAACCAGCGAGCCUGUCAUUCAUAACUGUGCACAGACGGGAUCUCCAGAUGGAAUAAAUAUCUGGGUUUUAACUGGUGCCAGAGUUGGUUUCAUUGUCGUGCUGACCGUCCUCGUCUCUGUUUGUUUUGUCCGAGUUGAAAGGAAAAUGACGACGGGACUGAAAGCUGAUGAGGCUCAGCUUCCUUUGCAGCGGAUCGAUACAGAUCAUCACAGUCAUGAUCCUCAUAUUUCUCCUCUUCAGUCUCUUCACCUCCAGUCUUCUAAGUGUGAGGAGGACGACGAUGAAGAUGGCAUGGCUUUCUGUCGCCUCGGUGUUUCUCCUCUGCUGCUCCGCCGUCGCCUCCCAAGAUAUCCGAUGCCCCUCAGGGAUCUAGGUUUCCCUGAUGACUUGUGUUGGGGAUUGCUGAGUCAUCUAAGUUUUUUCUUAUCAUCUUCAUCAGGUGUCGUUAUAUUGCUGAUCAUCAUUGUCAUUGUUUGCUGUGUCCGAACUAAGAGAACAAGGAAACUACGCCUGCAGGAUGAGGAGGAGCUCCGUUUGGAGUGGACCAUCACCAGUCAACAUCCCAAUCAUCCUCCUCUUCCUGACCAUCCUCCUCCUCAUCAUCCCAACCGUCACCAUCAUCAUCAUCAUCAUCACCACCAGCAGCAGCAGCAGCAAGAGCAGCAACAGGCUCCGGGCAACACCGGCCCUCGACAGAGCCGCUCCAAGCAAAACCGCCAACCGCGAGCCCGAGCCCCUGAACCCAACGGCCAGCCUCAGCCCAGCCCACGGAGAACCGGACAGCCACAGAAACCUGCCAGUGACGCCGAUGAUGAGCAGCCUCCUCCUCUUCCUCAGCCCAGGAAGAAGGGCCCCAAAACUCAACUAGAUUAAAAAUCAUCCGAGAUAAA